AUGCGCAUGGAAGAGGAAGAAGUCCAGCAAAAAGGCAUGGUCUGGUCGAGUGGAUACGAUGCAGAACAGAUCAUGGCGUCCAUAGCCAGAGCAGAGAAUGGACCAGUGUAGUCAGCGUCACGAUCAUCUCUGGUCCAAAGAAACAGGACGGUUGAUUUCCCAUGAACUCAGCAGAGAGAGAUGAGUACAGAACCGGCAUCACUCAGCAAACUGAAUGACUGUAUCUAGUUACAGUCUGUCCUGUGCAAUGGGAUGAAGUCGUUUAUCGACAUCAGAAGUAGGCUUGGGCGAUAUACUGUUUAUACCGUAGACCGGGGUAUUUUGAAAUACCGACGGUAUGUUUUCAAUACCGGGGGGGUUGGGGGCACUCCCGCCUCGCGGGGCCUACGGGGGUGUGUGCUACGCCACUGCUUAUAACUAACUACAGUGGGAAGAACAAGUAUUUGACACACUGCCGAUUUUGCAGGUUUUCCUACUUACAAAGCAUGUAGAGGUCUGUAAUUUUUAUCAUAGGUACACUUCAACUGUGAGAGACGGAAUCUAAAACAAAAAUCCAGAAAAUCACAUUGUAUGAUUUUUAAGUAAUUAAUUUGCUUUUUAUUGCAUGACAUAAGUAUUUGAUCACCUACCAACCAGUAAAAAUUCCGGCUCUCACAAACCUGUUAGUUUUUCUUUAAGAAGCCCUCCUGUUCUCCACUCAUUACCUGUAUUAACUGCACCUGUUUGAACUCGUUACCUGUAUAAAAGACACCUGUCCACACACUCAAUCAAACAGACUCCAACCUCUCCACAAUGGCCAAGACCAGAGAGCCAAUAGGCAAGCAGCUUGCUGAGAAGGCAACAACUGUUGGCGCAAUUAUUACAGUUGAAGUGUACAUAUGAUACAAUUACAGACCUCUACAUGCUUUGUAAGUAGGAAAACCUGCAAAAUCGGCAGUGUAUCAAAUACUUGUUCUCCCCACUGUAUGUUAAGUAGAACUAUAAGAAAUCUAAGAUGUGUCAAAUAAAUGAUAUCCAGCUCAGGGCUCCAGCUAUGCAUUUGGCUUUCUAACUCGCUAAGUAAGUGGCUAGAUGUCAAGAUCAAGCUUCUUGGUUAGAGCAGAGACAUUCAAUCCCCUCCUGGAUCAAUAUCCCUUUAUUUUGUGUUUUUAAAAAUAAUAAUUUGAAAUAGCACCCCUUGUGUGCACUUCCAGUAAUACCGUAUUCAGAAAUGGUAUAAAGGUAUGAAAAUCUGGAUACCGCCCAACCCUAAUCAGAUGGCUGACUGGAUCUUACUGUACUUACUGGACUACUGAAACUCUUCAGGGGAUAAGUGACCUAUCAUUGCUGUCCUAUCAGUGAUGUCCCACCAGUGAUGUCCUAUCAUUUCUGUCCUAUCAGCGAUGUCCUCUCCUCACAAACGUUGAGGCUAGUUCACUGCAUAUGACUGACCCUGUAUUUUUCUCCUUCAAACAGAACAUGCCAGAAUGGCUUUUUAUCUUCUAUGCACCCAUGCAAGAUCAAAGAUGAUUGAAAAAUGUGUGAAACUGUUCACUUUUAUAUUUUGAGUUUCUCGGCAGGCAUUGAUAUCUAGUUGUUUUGGUUGAAAAGGAAGAAUGAGUCAGCAGUAGGACUUUGAAAGGUCAUGGCUUAUCUGUGUGACACUGUCCCCAAUGUUCAGCUGAAUACUGUGGUCAUGUGAUCAUGGAAAGAAGAUGGGAGCAGUAUAGAGAUGUCAGUGUGCAUUGUACUAUAUAGGUCACAAGUGGCUUUAGGAGAAAACCCCUAGCGUUUACAGCACCGACCACAGUCACCUCUCCCUCUGUGUCUCCAACCACAGUCGUAUUUUCAAAACUGUCUCCAAUAAUCACUCUUUCCUCUCUGUAACCACGGUACCCACCACAGUCAUGGGAAGUGCCUAAAUAAAAUAUGAAAUUGUUUUUUUAAGGAAAUCCUCAAAUUAACACAAUUUCAGUAGGAUGGGAACAUUUAAGUGGGAACAUUUAAACUUUUAUGUUAGAGCACAUUUAUUGCUGUUAAACGCCUUUCUGGCUGAAGAGCCCUACAUGAAGAAGAGGACACUUUAUAUUCAUUGAAUUACUCUCUCUCUCUCUCUCUCUCUCUCUCUCUCUCUCUCUCUCUCUCUCUCUCUCUCUCUCUCUCUCUCUCUCUUUCUUUCUCUCUCUCUCUCUCUCUCUCUCUCUCUCUCUCUCUCUCUCUCUCUCUCGCUUUCUUUCUUUCUCUCUCUGCUCUCUCUCUCUCUCUCUCUCUCUCUCUCUCUCUCUCUCUCUCUCUCUCUCUCGCUCGCCCUCUCUCUCUCUCUCUCCUACAGGGUCCGAGGGGUCCCGACGGUCCAGCUGGGGAGAAGGGGUCAGUUGGAGGAAAGGUGAGGAUGGGGUUCAGCGGUCACACUGUUGGUUGUUCUGCUGCAUGUACCUCCACAGUUACGGAACAAUUUGACUUCAUCAUUCCCCAAUGAACACCAACCACAGCCAAUGGAAAACAUGGAUACUGCAAUGCGACAUUUGUUUGUGCCUUAAUUUGGUACUUUUAUGUCCAUAUAAUACUUUUAAAUGUGGCUUUGUUCACAAGUCUUUUAUUGCUUUGAUUAUUUUCAACAUCUGAAAGACACUUUCUGGGACAUGUUCUUCUUUUAGGGACAUUUCCUUUUGCCAACUUUGGGAAACUUUUAAUUAAAGCAAUUGUAAAUGGUUUGUGGCAUUCUUAAAGACAAGAGUUCUUGGGUAUUGUGUGUGUGCGUGUCUGUGUGUGUGUGUCUGUGUCCAUCUAUCUGUGUGUGUGUGUAUGUGUGUGUGUGUGUGUGUGUGUGUGUGUGUGUGUGUGUGUGUGUGUGUGUGUGUGUGUGUGUGUGUGUGUGUGUGUGUGUGUGUGUGUGUGUGUGUUAGUAAGACCGUAAGUGACAUUGCCAAAUGUGUUUUUCUACAGGGUCCCGAUGGUCCACCAGGAAAACUAGGCUUCUCAGGGGAGAUGGUAUGUAGUACAAGCAGUUUUAAGAUCGUUAUGUUUUUAAUAACAGCUUUUGCUCAUACCCUCCCACUCUUCCCAGUUAUAGGCUGUGUCCAACUCAUGGGCCUUUGGGGAUAGGCUUUCCUACCUUACAUGUUUACUUUGCCAUGCCUGGUAAUGAAUAAUAUAGUACGAUGAGACUAUGGGCGUUUCUCAAAAUGCAUACUACCUACUUCCUGCUCUGAGCACCAAAUUGGAGCACGGGAGUGUCGGAGUGGAGUCCAAAUCAAAGUAUGCAAAACGGAGCACGGUGGGCACUUCUCGAAUGCGUACUCCGUUUGUACAUCGAUGCAAGCUUCAACGGAAAGUAUGCACCGAAAUAUUAUGUGCUUAUUAUUUUUACACCCUUUUUCUUUCUGUGUUAUUUUGCACCAGGGAAAGAUUGGGGAGCCUGGGGAAGCUGGGCCUAAAGGAUUUCCAGUAAGUGAUUGGGCUAACAGAGUGCUCUUUUAGGUUAGUCAUGACUAGGGUGGACACCUGUUGGUGGAAACCAUUAGCAAUUGGAAAAGAGAGGCUUGUGUGUAGCAUGUUAGACAUUACACUUAUAUAUGAAUGUGAGAGUAAUGUAUUGGUGUAACGAAACCAACUAGCCUAGGGGUGGGAUGUACUGUAUAUAGUAGAAAAUGGACGUGCCCUAAGCACUAAACUAUCUCCAUUCCUUACAAUGGGUUUGUAAUAUUCCAGGGUCGCAAAGGACCCUCAGGAGCUCCAGGUGCCAAAGGAAUAGCAGGAGAGCCGGUAAGUCCUUUUAUCUCUAAAAGUUUCAAAUCCCAAAUCAAAUCAAAGUUUAUUGGUCGCGUACACAGUUUAGCAGGUGUUAUAGUGGUGCACCGAAAUGCUUAUGUUACUAGCUCCUAACAAUGCAGUCAAAUGUCAAACAAUUAAAAUGUUUUAAAAAUAAAUGAAAAAAAGGCAAGAAAUCAAGAACGGCAGGACGAAUCCAAUUAACAACCCAAAUAGCACUGUAGCAGUAUCAAAAUGCAAUCUAUACAUAUGUACACCGGGGGAAUUUACAUAAGAUAUACUAGGAAUGGUAUGUAAAGCAGUAGAUAUAUUAGAGUGAGCUAUGUCAAGAAUCCAGUAUAUAAAUAAAUAUGCAGUGUAUAAACAGUGUAACUAAACUACAAUGUACAGUAGUAGAAAUAUCAGAAUAAGCUAUGUCGGGGAUUCAGUAUUUAAAUACACCGUGUGAAACGGGAAGUGACCAGUGGUUCAAUGUCUCUAUAACAUGGGACAGCAGUGUUGACUGUGAGUGUGUGUGUGUGAGUGUGUGUGUGUGAUAGCUUGUGUCGUGUGAGUGAGUGUGCAUCACCUGGUAGACGGCUAGUGAUGGCUGUCUGAUGGCCUGGUAAUAGAUUCCGUUUUUUAGUCUCUCGGUCUUGGCUUUGAUGCACCUGUAUUGUCUCCGUCUGUCGGAUGGUAGCCGAGUGAACAGUCCGUUGCUCGGGUGACUGAGGUCCUUGAUGAUCUUCUUGGCCUUCCCUUGACACCGGGUGCUAUAGAUGUCCUGGAGGGCAGGCAGCAUGGGCCGGUGAUGCGUUGGGCUGUCCACACCACCCUCUGGAGAGCGGUUGAGGGUGGAGCAGUUGCCGUACCAGGUGGUGAUGCAGCCCGACAGAAUGCUCUCAAUGGUGCAUCUGUAGAAGUUUGUGAGGGUCUAAGGCAGGGGUGGGCAAACAUAGAAAAUCCGCAGGGGAUCAAAUACUUUUUUCCCUCACUGUAAUCCUUGCCUACGCCAGUCACGGUUAUCUGAGUCUUAAUGUGAACGAUGGGUCUGGUCACCUCUCUUGGUAAGGGCAUCAAAGUCUGGUGUCAUCUUUGAUGUAGAGAUUCUCAGAACAGCUGACAGGUGGUCAUUUGUUAAAUUUGACCUGUGACAGGUUUUGUUGUAAAUCAUGACUGACAACGUUUGUUCACACAUAUGUGGACCAAAAGAACAAGUAUCCUUUGGGCAUGCUUUUUAAUGUUUGGAAACUUUGUUUCACUCAGUGAGCCAUAGAACUGUUCUAUUGUUGCUGUUUUGUACUUCUCCUUCAAAGCACUGUCACAUUGGAUGUCGAUGAGCUCCAAUGGUGUGUCUGGUGGUGCUUUCUCACUGUCGAAAGACAAGGGGCAUGAUACAAGCUCCAGCUCAGCCUCAAUCCUGGUGAAGUCUGAGAAGCGGCGGGAAAACUCAGCAUGCAGGUCGAUCAAAGUGCUACUGUAUGUCUCAGUGCGGCACUGCGAUGUGGGCACGUUCACUGCGGCCAGUGUCGGAAAAUGAGCGAGAGACCGGCUGCUCAUUUGUCUGGAGAACAACAUAAGUUUGGCAUUGAAUGCUUUCACGUUGGAAUAAGGUUCAUGCACAAAAACACAAUUUCCCUGCAGUUUCACAUUUAGAUCGUUCAGAUGCCCCAAUAUGUCCACACCGAAAGCAAAGUCGCCCAGCCAGUCUGUGUCUUUCAACUCUGAGAAGUUGUCAGCUUUACCAACUGUAUCAAGGAACAUACCUAUCUCCCCUCUCAGUUCCCACACGCGGCAAAAUACUUUUCCUAGGCUUAGCCAGCGCACAUUUGAACGGUACAACAAGUCCUGGUGCUCUGCCUCUGUGUCAUUGAGCAGCUGAAUGAACUGACAAUGGUUAAGCCCCCUUGCCCGUGUAAAGUAUACAAGGGAGAGGAGGGUGGUUUGCCCUUUUCCUUAAUCGGACUAGAACUCCAGCUCGCCUUCCCCUCCUCCGGCUGGGUCUUUUUGGAAAAAGGGCUCCCGUGAUGAAGGGAACUGCUUCGGUUAGUCUAGACAGAGGUUCCCACUCCGGAAAGCCGAAUUUGUGGUGAGUAAUCUCAGAUCUGAUGUCCAGAAGUGUUUGUCGGUAAUAGGAAAUAAUACUAGAACCUUUCUGAUCAAAUAAAGUACAAAAUAACAUUAAAAUAAACAAAAGACUGCAAAGUUGGCUGGGAGCUAGCAACUGGGCGACCAUUGUAGGCGCCAUCUUGUUGUUUUACCCUGCCAGCCCUAACUGUCUCCGGCCCAGGCAGGGAUAUGAGUGUUAUUUCCUAUAUUUAAAUUCCUGUAGAGCUCAACACUUAAUGCCACAUCAGGUUUGCAUGAUAUUUCACCUUCAAGCCAGGAAGCUAUCUGAUUUCAUUACUAUUCCUAACUCUGUUUACCAUAAGAUCUCCAUACACCCUUCCUUGGGCUUCACUCUCUGUCUCUGGGUUUGGCCUACUACUCUGUCCAGUCGGUGCUGGGUACUCCUUCUGUCUAGUGUUAGGAUCUGUCAAGCUUGAAAUCAGGGUUUUUUGGACCCAACCAACAUCUUAGAGAGGAGGUGACUAGGGGCAGUUUGCCUAAAUAACUGCAUCUCCACGCAUUGGACAGACUUAAGUGUGCACUUGUCUUUACAGUACAUCUUCAUUCCGACACCUGAAAUGGUGCAGCAUCUGCUUGAGCAGCCCAGGGAAGCCUAAACCUGCAUCCUGCAUUAUGUAACUGGGAGAGAGAGGGAGAAAGAGAAAGGGGGAAGAGAAAAAGACAGAGAGAGAAAAUAAUACGGAGAGAGACAGAGAGGACAGUAAGAUGAGAUGAUUUACUCUGAGCUUCCUGCAGACAGCUCUAUGUGAGUAUUGGAUAGUUUCCACCACAUACAGAAGCUUUGGCUCUGUGUUCUAAGACUCCAGGAGAGGGACUGGAUCUCAAUCUCAAGACCAGAUUAAUUUAUCUCCACCAUCCACAUGUAUAUCCUCAACGUCUUUUUCAAACUCUAUUCUUGCUGCCUUUUUUUCACUCACAUUUGCUUUUUUUAUCCGCACUGUACUUAUUUAGUUUUACCAGUGUAGUUACUAGGAUAUAAAGGGCUUCGUAGGCUCUUGGUCAUCACAUCAUACCAUGGCUCUGUCUUAUCACCAUAGGGACUUACUGGGCCACCAGGAACUAUGGGUCCACUGGGAGAGAUGGGACUGAAGGUGAGUUACACUAUUCUAAAUGGCGUAGUGUGCUUAGUUCUGGCUCCAGUGACCAAUGCCUAGCCCCCGAAUUUGAUUAUCAAUGGUAAUUGUUCUCUGACAGGGUCCAACUGGAAAGAUUGGGGAGUGGGGACUACCAGGCGAACCAGGAGAGAAGGUAAGAUUAUACUCUUUAAUGCUCAACAAGGUACUCACUGUUUGGACCUCAGGAAGAGUAGCUGUUGCCUUGGCAACAGCUAAUGGGGAUCCUGGUAAAAUACUAAAUACUUUCAGUGACAUAUUCACAUUUCCAGUAAUCACAUUUCCAUUAAUCGAUUCAGUCUAUGUACGUUGCACACAGUGUAUUGAAAUGGAAAGCGUCCAUUUGUUCAUUGUGUUAUUGACCUGUGUGACAGGGUGCCCUCGGACCAGCAGGAAACCUCGGAGAGCAGGGCCUUAUCGGACAGAGGGUGAGUACCCCAGAGCACACGUCUUCUACCAAUGUUUGUGAUUCUUGUAAAAAUCUAAUCUUAUUGGUCACAUACACAUUUUUAUUUUAUUGUAUUAUUAUUAUUAUAUUAUAUUAUUAUUAUAUUAUUAUUAUUAUUAUUAUUAUUAUUAUUAUUAUUAUAUUAUUAUAUUAAAUUAUUAUUAUUAUUAUUAUUUUUUUUAGCAGAUGUUAUUGCGGGUGUAGCGAAAUGUUUGUGUUCCUAGCUCCAACAGUGCAGUAGUAUCUAACAAUUCACAACAAUAAACACAAAUCUAAAAUAAUGGAAUUAAGAAAUAUAUAAAUAUUAGGACAAGCAAUGUCGGAGUGGCAUUGACAGUAGAAUACAGUAUAUACAUAUGAAAUGAGUAAAACAGUAUGUAAACAUUAUUAAAGGGACCAGUGUUCCAUAGGUACUUUGGCCUUAUUCACUUGUACUUAAACCCCCUCUCCUUCAGGGUGAGAUGGGGAUCGAUGGGGACGCCGGACAGAGUGGUCCUGAUGGACUCAAGGUAAGAGAUUAAAAACACUAAGGCAAUAGUCACUGUGAUGAAUCCUAACUUGUGUUGAAAGUCUUGGACCAGAGUUGACAGUUGACAGUCAUUGUCUCAUUGACAUCAAUAGACGAUUUGCCAGUUAUCUCAAGUUAGGGUAUGACUGUUUAACCCCCGUCAGUUUAAAGAUAUGUUUUUUUGCAUUGGAUGCGUCUCAAUCCGCCGCAUCCGCCUAUGUCGGACUUAUGAAAUGUAACAGAGCUAGAGCGGUGUGUGUCAGUCCAUGAGACAUUCCGACAAUCAGUGUUUCUUACAAAAUCGUCUGUAGCGUCCGAAGAGUUUGGGCUACACACUAAUAUGACCCAUCUGUGGAAAGGUGAGACUCUCACCAACACAUACAUGUCGGUUUUGCUCUAGGACGCCGACAUGCCUCACAAGACUCGUCUGAAGGUCCCCCGGUAUCAGAUGAAUGGAAGUACAGGAUAUAUUGUAUGGAUACUGUUUAGUGCCAAAAAGAAGGGGUUAAAUACAUGUUUAAAAAAAUAUACAAAUGUUUCCUGAUCUUUCUUAUUUCUCUCAGAUAUAGGACAGACACUUCAGAACAAACUUUGUUUAGAUUUUUUGGGGGGGACUAUCUGUUGUUCCGUGUAGUGAAUCUGUUAUUCAAUGUGUUUGUGUGGGCUAAUAGCAGUAAGGCCCAAAAACAUUUCUCAUUAAAUAGUUUUUUAUAUAUUUUUGGGAUGCUUCAAGGGGUCUUAAAAUUCAAAAUCAAAUAGCAAAAUGAUCCUUGGUAUGACCUUAAAACAAUUCCAUUAGCUUAGUAGUACCCCCCCCACACACACACAAGAUAAUGUGAUUCUAUCGUCAUCAGAUGUGAUCUAAGCCAUGCUCAUAUGGAGUUAAUGAACUGUACUAUACUGUUAAACUGUAAUUCUUUUUGGUCAGACUCAAGUGUUGCAUUGUGUAAGAUGUUGGCAGUCAUACAGUUGGAGCUGCAUUCUGUUGACGCUGAGUGAAAAUAAACAUGGAGCAGGCAGCAGGCCUAUUUUGAGCUCUUCCUUCUGGCAGGAGUUGUUAUGGAAAUACAUUGCUGUUCACAUGGAACCCAACCCUUCUCCACUUCGGCCUUCAAAGACCUUGUUUGAAUAUUUUCUACUACCGCCAACAUCUGCACCCGUGAAAUGUGUGAUCAGGUGUAAUUGUCUCCUUGGUCCUCUGCUCAGGGUGAGAAGGGUGACAUGGGACCGGAAGGGGGUAAAGGAGAGAGGGGUGAAAUCGGACUGAAAGGAAAGGAAGGGUCUCCCGGACCUCCUGGCUUAGUGGGAGUGAGGGUGAGUGUCCAAACUUAACCUAACAUUCUUAAAUUUCCUGUACUUGACUCUCAGGUUUUCAUGAAUCAGAUUGCUGAGUUUCUCACUUCACUUGCUGUUGUUUUAGAUGAAAUGUUACUCUGCAACAUGUAGGCUACUACAUGUCAAGGCAAAAAGGAUACCAACACACCUUUGUCUCCUGCAAACAGUGAUGUUUUAUUUUCUUUACUGAGAAAACUGUGGAUGAACAUUUUGACCAUUGCCUUGUCUUCGUCAUAGAGGUUUAUUGCUGUUAGAAUAAACAGCUGUUGACUUCUGACACCAAUAACUGUCUUCCAGGGUCAGGAGGGCAAACCUGGCAAGUUUGGUGAAAGAGGAAAACCAGGAGAGAAGGUAUGUAUGUCAGCUCAGUUCCUCAUGAAGUACGCCUCCCUCCAUCUGUCACUGUCAUUAAUUUAAUUCACUGAAACCUGUUAGUCGUUUCACCGUACCUGUCUUGGUUUUUAAAGAAAUAUGGAUGGCUGCUUGUUAUUGUAUUCAACAAACAUUAGGGGCCAAUGGCCUCUAGAGCCACUAUAUUGAAAGUGGACAUUCAAAAUGGAGAGUUGAGAUGACACAGUAAAACUAUCCACACACAACUUGUCAGUGACUGAAAGUCGACCUUGCUCAUUUUGCAUGCCUUCUCUAGGGCAGCAAGGGUCACAUGGGUCACCUGGGAGAGACUGGGCCAAUCGGUGAACAAGGAGAAGCGGGAUUUGUUGGGCCGAAGGGAUCGAGAGGAACCAUUGGACCAGUGGUAAGGCUCUGUGGAUUUAUUCAUGGUUUUUCGGCUGAUGUGUUGGUUGCCUUGUGUGCUAGGUCGUAAAAACUGAACAUCUGAUGUUCACAGGGUGCACCAGGGAGAAUGGGCCAGCAAGGUGAAACAGGCAUCACAGGAUACGAGGUAAAAGCUACCCUUUACUACAUACAAUAUCCUUCACUCAAUAUCAACGCAAUAUGAUUCUAGAUCAAUUAAAAUAUAGCCAGAUGAUCGAUCGAUGAAGAGUUAUAAAGCGUUGCCACCUAGGACAUUAUCAAACAAAAUCUACCGUAUCUAAAUUGCUGCCUUUAGUGAGUAUUGUUGACCUAAUGACACAUACCAUUGACUGGCUCCAAGAGGGUAGCUAUCGUCGUUGCCCUGUGUGAUGAAUAACACUGUCUCUAUUGUCCUCCUCUGUGGUUGUAGGGCCACACAGGACGGCAGGGCCCACUGGGACCUCCUGGACCAAAAGGUGAAAAGGUACACUUCCCACAGUCCUGUCUGUGUCUAAUAGCUCUCCCUUUGUGGGCGUCUGGACGUGUGUGUCUGGACUAAUGAUCUGUGGAGGUAUAGUGGUGACAGCCCUAGCACUGUCCGUCUCUCUCUGUCCUUUAGUCAAUCCUUGGAAUAUAUAAUACUAAUUAUUAUUAUUAUAUUAUUAUAUUAUAUUAUUAUUAUAUAAUGUAUGCGAUUUAGCAGACGCUUUUAUCCAAAGCGACUUACAGUCAUGGAGAAACUCUGGGCCCUAGAGAUAGGCUAUUACUGGGCCCUAGAGAUAGGCUAUUACUGGGCCAUAGAGAUAGGCUAUUACUGGGCCAUAGAGAUAGGCUAUUACUGGGCCAUAGAGAUAGGCUAUUACUGGGCCAUAGAGAUAGGCUAUUACUGGGCCAUAGAGAUAGGCUAUUACUGGGCCAUAGAGAUAGGCUAUUACUGGGCAAUAGAGAUAGGCUAUUACUGGGCCCUAGAGAUAGGCUAUUACUGGGCCAUAGAGAUAGGCUAUUACUGGGCCAUAGAGAUAGGCUAUUACUGGGCCAUAGAGAUAGGCUAUUACUGUCAGGAAAAAGUCCUAGCCAUAUCAAUUGGUGUCCAGCCACUGAGAGUGACUGAAUUCCACGGCUGUUUCAGUCUGAUUAUCCCACAAGAAGCGAUUAAAUAUAAUUGAUCAAUGGUAUGCACCAUGUUACUUCUCAUUAACUCUGGAGAAAUUUGAUCAAACGUAGGUCAUUGGCCACAAACUGCUUUCAACUGCUAUUGGAAUAAUCCUAGUCAUCAUUAUUCAGGAGAUCAAUCAUGGUUCAGUUGGAUAAAUAGAACUUCGAUAUGAAGUACUCUUUCCUGUUUGCUGGUAAACUCGUAAUGUCGACCAUACUUACGUUCUAAUGAGAUCAAUAUUGUGCCACUACUCAUAAAUUGUUUAGUUUUGGAUCUCUGUUCCACUGUUUCCUCCUGUGUUUAACUGAUGUACAGCACAUGCACUAUGAAAUACUACAAGCAUUCCACAUCAUUCACCGGCCCCUGUAAAGUCACUGGAACAUUCAACGCAAUCUUUUUAUUGAAAGCAACCUAUUGCCAUCAUCAACAAAAACUGUAAACAUUAAUUUAACCUGAUUAAAAUAUAUUUUAAAAAAAAUUAAAUCAGUUUUCCCUGUCUGUUUUCCAGGGUGAACAGGGGGAGGACAGUAAGGUGGAAGGCCCUCCCGGUCCACAAGGUGACAGAGUGAGUUCCUCUCAUCAUGUAGCCCUCCGUCUGCUGCGUUGUUUGGUGUUGCUUUGCUAUAGUAGCUAGGGAUCUACAGUACCAGUCAAAAGUUUGGACACAAUAAUAAUAAUAGUAAAGACAUCAAAACUAUGAAAUAACACAUAUGGAAUCAUGUAGUAACCAAAAAAGUGUUAAACAAAUCAAAAUAUAUUUUAUAUUUGAGAUUCUUCAAAUAGCCAACCUUUGCCUUGAUGACAGCUUUGCACACACACUUGGCAUUCUCUCAACCAGCUUCACCUGGAAUGCUUUUCCAACAGUCUUGAAGGAGUUCCCACAUAUGCUGAGCACUUGUUGGCUGCUUUUCCUUUACUCUGCUGUCCGACUCAUCCCAAACCAUCUCAAUUGGGUUGAGGUCGGGGGAUUGUGGAGGCCAGGUCAUCUGAUGCAGCACUUCAUCACUCUCCUUCUUGGUAAAAUAGUCCUUACACAUCCUGGAGGUGUGUUGGGUCAUUGUCCAGUUGAAAAACAAAUGAUAGUCCCACUAAGCCCAAACCAGAUGGGAUGGCGUAUCGCUGCAGAAUGCUGUGGUAGCCAUGCUGGUUAAGUGUGCCUUGAAUUCUAAAUAAAUCACAAACAGUGUCACCAGCAAAGCACCCCCACGCCAUAACACCUUCUCCACCAUGCUUUACGGUGGGAACUACACACGUUCACCCACAUUGCGUCUCACAAAGACACGGCAGUUGGAACCAAAAAUCUCCAAUUUGGAUCUCCAAUUUCCACUGGUCUAAUGUCCAUUGCUAGUGUUUCUUGGCCCAAGUAGGUCUCUUCUUCUUAUUGGUGUCCUUUAGUAGUGGUUUCUUUGCUGCAAUUCGACCAUGAAGGCCUGAUUCACACAGUCCCCUCUGAACAGUUGAUGUUGAGAUGUGUCUAUGACUUGAACUCUGUGAUGCAUUUAUUUGGGCUGCAUUUUCUGAGGCUGGUAACUCUAAUGAACUUAUCCUCUGCAGCAGAGGUAACUCUGGGUCUUCCAUUCCUGUGGCGGUCCUCAUGAGAGCUAGUUUCAUCAUAGUACUUGAUGGUUUUUGCGACUGCACUUGAAGAAACUUUCAAAGUUCUUGAAAUAUUUCGUAUUGACUGUCCGUCAUGUCUUAAAGUAAUGAUGGACUGUCGUUUCUCUUUGUUUAUUUCAGCUGUUCUUGCCAUAAUAUGGACUUGGUCUUUUACCAAAUAGGUCUAUCUUCUGUAUACCCCCCCCCCCCCCCCUCCCACCUUGUCACAACACAACUGAUUGGCUCAAAUGCAUUAAGAAGGAAAUAAAUUCCACAAAAUAACUUUUAAGAAGGCACACCUGUUAAUUGAAAUGCAUUCCAAGUGACUACCUCAUGAAGCUGGUUGAGAGAAUGCCAAGAGUGUGCAAAGCUGCCAUCAAGGCAAAGGGUGGAUAUUUGAAGAAUCUCAAAUAUAAAAUAUAUUUUGAUUUCUUUAACACUUUUUUGGUUACUACAUGAUUCCAUAUGUGUUAUUUCAUUGUUUUAUGUCUUCACUAUUAUUCUACAAUGUAAAAAAUAGUAAAAAUAUAGAAAAACCCUUGAAUCAGUAGGUGUGUCCAAACUUUUGACUGGUAGUGUAUAUGCUUAAUUAUUUUUGGUUAUCAUCUGAAACCAGGGUCCUACCGGAGACAGGGGAGACAGAGGAGAAUCAGGGGACCCAGGAUACCUAGUGAGUGGGAUCGUCGAUUGUAUUGUAUACGUUAAUGUUGUCUCAUUUGGAAUACAUCCUUCAUACAUGGAAAGGGCUAACAUUAACAAAUGUCUAUUUCCCAGGGCCAGCCAGGGGUGGAUGGAUUGAGGGGCAAAGCCGGAGCAACUGGACUGCCUGUGAGUAAAAUGUUCUGUUUAUGACAUGCUGAUUCAGUGUUCACUCACACUGAUACAAAUCAAACCACAUUUUAUUUGUGACAGUAUCCACAUUAGAAUAUCUACCUAUUCAAAAGGCAAAACUUGUGAUUUGUUUGUUUGAUUGUUUCAUCUUUUAUUUGUUCUUUCAUUCAUUCUUUUUUUAUAUAUAUAUAUUGUAGGGACAUCCUGGACCAAGGGGAAUAGAGGGUCUGAAAGGGUCCAAAGGUGAUCAAGUAAGGACAAAAUACUUCGACAACGACUGAACUGUAGUAUCCAGUUUUACCCACAACACCUGUUUGAACCACUUUGGUACCCCUUUGAUUGAUUUGAAUGUAUUGGCACUUUUGCAAUGUGGUGAUGUCAUGUUUAAGCUGAUGGUCUUUAACUCUUGAUCUACUGCAGGGUCAGAAAGGCAAACGGGGGAAACAAGGCGAGUCUGGGACCAAAGGACCACCGGUGAGUGAGACAUCUUGAUCUUUUCAUUUUAAUACCGCAUGUCAUUUAUUGAUUGAUUGGUUGAUUGAUUAAUUGAUUGUGCUAGAAUGCAGGAUCUCAUAUGUAACAUUAUUCUCUAUUUUUCUCAGGGUCCCGAGGGUCCACCUGGCCCAAAGGGAGUGGUGGGAAGAGAGGGCCUUGAGGGCCAACCUGGAAUGGACGGGCCUCCUGGGAAAGAUGGUGACAAAGGAGUGAAGGUGAAGAAGGACAUACAUCAUAACUGUGUAUUCUUCUCAUUGACUGAAAUAAGCAGAGUCUGUUGCUACUAUAUGAUUGGUCUUCUCUGUUAAGCCUCAGCCAUCCUCAAAUUGUUUGUGUCCAUUCCUUAGGGGGAGCAAGGGGAUGAUGGAGAGUUAGGUAUCAUUGGCAAAGCUGGUAACAGCGGUAAAAUGGGCGUGCCAGGGCUUCCAGGCGAUCAGGGCUCCUUCGGACCCAAGGUGAGAGAGAGAAGAGAGAACAUGCUCCAAUGAACUGUGACCACCAUGGUUAUCGAAUGAUAUGUUGUACUAGGUGUGAAGGAUGAGAAAUAGGUACUUGGAACUGUUGCUCCAUGAAAGAAAUCAACCUUCUCCACACGGUAUCACAGGGUGAGAGGGGUCUCUCCGGCCAAACUGGACCUCCAGGGAAAGGAGGCCACAUUGGCGGAAUGGGAAUUCCAGGAAAACAGGGUGACCAGGGGAACAAAGGACAGCCCGUGAGUAACAUAGCAACAUUGCUAAGUCAGUUUGAUUGGUCAUCAUGACUAGGACAUGAUGAUGAGGUGGAUGACAAUGACGACGGCGAUGAUGAUAAUGAAGAUGCUUCCAUCUCUCUCCCCAGGGUGACACAGGUGAAUCAGGGUACCCAGGGGUUCUCGGGAUGUUUGGACCAAAGGUACACUAGACUUCCCUCCAUUUUCAUCUCACACCUGAGUCACAUGAUCAAAUAACACAGAGCUUUAAACAUGGACCAUCUAUAAAGUUUCCCCUACAAGAAUAAAGUUCUAAGCCGCGAGCGUCUGCAAAAAAUAUGGUUCUAAUAAAACAACGGCAAAAAAGCAUAACCCAUUUUCAGCGGUAAAUCAGGGAUCUGCUGGAGAUUAAUAAGAAAGCUUUAAAAGGAAUUUAAAGUCUCGAACGAUUUGGUAGCGUUUAUUGUCUUUCGUCUGAAAGGGAUAAAUCUGAAUUAAAGACUGCUGCAUUGGGGCAGAAAAUCUAUCACGGUCCACAAGAAGUUUAACACACCCAUGUGUAAUGUCACUUAACACGCCAUAACUUCGGUUACUUUAUUACCCUCUAGUGAUGUUGCUCUGCAGGUGUUGGGCAGUUAAGAAAACUGAGAAGUUACAGGCUUUAAUUAACAUUUAGGCGGUAAUUUAGUGAGUCAUAUGACUGCCAGUGCUCCAGUUGGAGAUUUUCCUAGAGGGUUUCAGUUUGAUAUACUGUAUACGAGGAGUGUUAGGCAGAUGAGCCUUGGCUUCAUGCUAAAGUGGAGAUUGAUGUCAGACGUACUGUAGGCUUAAUGACUCCUCAUCAAGACCUAUCGAAGAAAACAUUCCAGUGAAAGAGCUGUUAACUGAAGACACUUGGAGUGUUGUGUCUCUUGCUGACGGUGUUGCUUACUGUGCAUACUACACACAGCCCACAUGGUGCAACCUUUCACUCAGUUGGCCUAAGCUUCUAUAUGAAGUGAUACUGGCCUUAUUAACACAUUGUAUCUUAUCAACACAUAUGUUUGUAUCUUCAUUAGGGACCUCCAGGAGAUCUGGGCCCAGCCGGCAUACAGGGACCAAAAGGGCCACAUGGUUUGAUGGUAAGAGGAGAUUAGAAAAAGUGUUAUUACAUAAUUCCCUAUGUAUUUCCUGGUCAGGUAAUGUGGCCUAUUUACAGUGCCUUGCAAAAGUAUUCAUCCCCCUUGGCGUUUUUUCCUAUUUUGUUGCAUUACAACCUGUAAUUUAAAUGGAUUUUUAUUUGGAUUUCAUGUAAUGGACAUACACAAAAUAGUCCAAAUUGGUGAAGUGAAAUGAAAAAAAUAACUUGUUUCAAAAAAUUCUUAAAAAUAAAUAAUGGAAAAGUGGUGCGUGCAUAUGUAUUCACCCCCUUUGCUAUGAAGCCUCUAAAUAAGAUCUGGUGCAACCAAUUACCUUCAGAAGUCACAUAAUUAGUUAAAUAAAGUCCACCUGUGUGCAAUCUAAGUGUCACAUGAUCUGUCACAUGAUCUCAGUAUAUAUACACCUGUUCUGAAAGGCCCCAGAGUCUGCACCACUACUAAGCAAGGGGCACCACCAAGCAAGCGGCACUAUGCAGACCAAGGAGCUCUCCAAACAGGUCAGGGACAAAGUUGUGGAGAAGUACAGAUCAGGAUUGGGUUAUUUAAAAAAAAUCGGAAACUUUGAACAUCUCACGGAGCACCAUUAAAUCCAUUAUAAAAAAAUGGAAAGAAUAUGGCACCACAACAAAUCUGCCAAGAGAGGGCCGCCCACCAACACUCACGGACCAGGCAAGGAGGGCUAUAAUCAGAGAGGCAAGAAAGAGACCAAAGAUAACCCUGAAGGAGCUGCAAAGCUCCACAGCAGAGAUUGGAGUAUCUGUCCAUAGGACCACUUUAAGCUGUACACUCCACAGAGCUGGGCUUUACGGAAGAGUGGCCAGAAGAAAAAAAACAUUGCUUAAAGAAAAAAAGAAGCAAACACGUUUGGUGUUCGCCAAAAGGCAUGUGGGAGACUCCCCAAACAUAUGGAAGAAGGUACUCUGGUCAGAUGAGACUAAAAUUGAGCUUUUUGGCCAUCAAGGAAAACGCUAUGUCUGGCGCAAUCAUAACACCUCUCAUCACCCCGAGAAUGCCAUCCCCACAGUGAAGCAUGGUGGUGGUAGCAUCAUGCUGUGGGGAUGUAUUUCCAUCGGCAGGGACUGGGAAUGAUGGAUGGCGCUAAAUACAGUGAAAUUCUUGAGGGAAACCUGUUUCAGUCUUCCAGAGAUUUGAGACUGGGACGGAGGUUCAUCUUCCAGCAGGACAAUUACCCUAAGCAUACUGCUAAAGCAACACUCGAGUGGUUUAAGGGGAAACAUUUAAAUGUCUUGGAAUGGGGGCGGCAGGUAGCUUAAUGGUUAAGAGCGUUGUGCCAGUAACCGAAAGGUCGCUGGUUCUAAUCCCUGAGCCGACUAGGUGAAAAAUCUGCCGAUGUGCCCUUGAGCAAGGCACUUAACCCUAAAUGCUCAUGUAAGUCGCUCUGGAUAAGAGUGUGGUAUGACUUAAAGAUUGCUGUACACCAGCCGAACCCAUCCAACUUGAAGGAGCUGGAGCAGUUUUGCCUUGAAAAAAAUCCCAGUGGCUAGAUGUGCUAAGCUUAUAGAGACAUACCCCAAGAGACUUGCAGCUGUAAUUGCUGCAAAAGGUGGCUCUACAAAGUAUUGACUUUGGGGGGGUGAAUAGUUAUGCACGCUCAAGUUCUGUUUUUUUGUCUUAUUUCUUGUUUGUUUCACAAAAAAACAUAUUUUGCAUCUUCAAAGUGGUAGGCAUGUUGUGUAAAUCAAAUGAUACAAACCUCCAAAAAAAUCAAUUUUAAUUCCAGGUUGUAAGGCAACAAAAUAGGAAAAAUGCCAAGGGGGGUGAAUAUUUUCGCUAGCCACUGUAUAGGUUGGAACUUUGGUCAAUAUUUCAUCCUAGGCAGAAACACUGGGCAUAUUAAUUUAUAAUACAUAUAGUAUAUGCCAUUUAGCAGAUGCUUUUAUCUAUACAUUUUCCGUACGGGUGGUCCCGGGAAAUCGAACCCACUAUCCUGGCAUUGCAAACACCAUUCUCAACUAACUGAGCAAAAGAGGGCCACCAUAUUGACAAUAUAUGCCUUGUUAAUUCAUAUAGUGCCUGCCCUCACUAACAAUGCUUCUCUUUCUUUCUCUCUCCAGGGUAAUGUUGGUGCCACAGGCCCAGUCGGUAUCAUCGGCCCCAGUGGUAAUACAGUAUGUACAUCAUCAAAUCUCAUACCCCUUAUCUGCCAAAGAACAUGUUAUCCCUCUGUUUUUGGGGGGGCUAUGAUGGAGUAAUUUCUCCUCUCUCUCUCUCUCAGGGUCCCCAAGGUGACAAAGGAAAUCGAGGGGAUACGGUGCGUGUCCUUAUUUUGAUGAAUCAUAUCCCUUAUACCAGACCUGGGUUCAAAUACUAUUUGAAAUAUUUAUAAUACUUUGAGUAUUUGCUCUAGCCUGCCUGCCUGGAAUUUCAGAUGGGCAGGGAUUAGAGUUGUGGGACUAUUCUAUUGGUCCAUUAAGACAGGCAAGCUCAAUUAAUCACACAAAGUAUUUGAAAUGAUUUCAAAUAGUAUUUGAACCCAGCUCUGCCUUACACUGAGGCUUAGAGUGAUCACAGGACAGGAUAGGGUGCUUAGUAUGGAAAGCACACUACUUAUCACAGGACAGGAUAGGGUGCUUAGUAUGGAGAGCACACUGCUAAGAAGGGAUUCAGCCUCAACCCCUAAAGCACUUUUCAUUUCCCUCAGUGCUUCUCUGUUUGUUGUUCCACUCACCAUGACAACUAGGAAUAAGUUGAGACAGAAAGGCUACUUACUGCUUGAUGCUGCUUUACCGUCUGUUGCCAGAGGAGUUUAGAUGAAGAGGAUCUUGAUAUUGAUAGGUCAAGCUGCAGUAUUAUGGUCUAGGGGGAUGGAUUAAUCCAAUAGUGUUCUUGUUUUGUUUUGUUUUACAAACAGGGGGUGCAAGGACCAAGGGGCCCUCCUGGUCCUCCUGGUCCACCCGGACCCCCAGUAAGCCCUUUCUGUUAUUUAUGUACAGACUUCGCAAGAGUGGCAUCACUCCUUUUUAAGUAAACAUUUGUAUAUACUGUACUAUGACUGGACCAUGCAUUAACCCCCCCCCCCCUUCUAUUUCCUUUGUUUAAUAGGGUCUUCCUGGUUCUAUGCCAUUCGUAAGUCUCCUCUAUUUACAACUUGACUUUCUCAUCUCAUCAAGCGAUGGAGAGAAGGAGUGAAUGCGGGAGAAUGUUUCAGAGUUCAUACAUGUCUUUUUGUCUUCUCUUGUAGAGAAGGGAGGCUAUUGGUGCUGCUUUUCAGCUCAUUAUUGAUUCCCAUGCUGCACUGAGGUCAGAGGUGAGUCACUGUGAGAUGCAUCAUUGGUCCCUUGGAAAAUAAGCAAUGUACCCAGUACAAUACAGAGAAUAAUUGUAUGGUUGUACUGUUUGUAUGACCAACUCUUACAAAAAGUAUCCAUUAGCAUUCAUGUAGGGUUACCCUCAUGCUCCUCAAGCCAGGAUUUUGCCAUUUAUCACUCUCCAACAGUGGCUGGCUGUUUGUGGUGAUUUGGUGCUGUGUGUGACCCUUUGUCUCUAUCAUUUCUAGAGUCACCAUGACAUGGACCUGCCCAUGUUGGACCACCAGGGUACAGAGAUAUUCAAGACCCUCCACUACCUCAGCACCUUGAUCCAGAGCCUGAAGAACCCAUUAGGAACCCAUGACAACCCCGCGCGCAUCUGCAGAGACCUCAAGGACUGUGAACAGAGGAUGAACGACGGUGAGGGAGGAACAAACGUCGUCUGAGAUACAGGACACACUGUAGCCUGAGACUCAUGUUUUGGGUUCAUUCCUUCAGUUACAGUAUACUUGGUCCAAGAGUUUUUCUAGACCAUGUGGACCUGACUAGGAAAAACUCUGUGCCUUAGUUAUAAGUUAAGGCUAUAACUAAGCUAAAUUAUAAUCUAUAAUGAUAAAUAGCAAGUCUAUACACCUGACCAGUGAUAUCCCUUCCAAAAGCAUUACAUACUUGCCAUAUAGCCCAAUAUGUGUCCACUCUGCUAAAAGUACACUACUCCUGUAUCCUUUUUCACUCAAGUUUGUUCUCCUUUCCUAAGGCACUUACUGGAUCGACCCAAACCUCGGCUGCUCUGCCGACUCCAUCGAGGUGACGUGUAACUUCACCAGCGGCGGCCAGACCUGUCUGAAACCCAUCACAGUAUCCAAGGUCAGCAUCAACUUCCAUUACUACUCAGCCGUUUACAGUCAAAACAAGCCACUAUCCAGUCAAAACAACUGAUAAUAGGAAGCCAAUGUUUUAGUCAGGUUUUCAGAGAAACAUGUUCAGGAACUGUAAAAGGUGUUGUGUAUUUGAGGUUUUAAAAGGCUUCUAAAGUUUGUAAUUUCCACUUUGCAAUUUCAAACUUGAUUUUCCCUUACGAAAUAUGCCUAUUAAUUAUAAUCCACAUAAUUCACAUUUCCUGUUUUUGCAGGAUUAUUUUCCUACUGUAGCAAACUGGCUCAAAUGAAGAUCCUACAUAUGUUUCCACACAAAACCGUCGUACUGUACUAAAGAACAGCAUUCUUACUCUUUAGCUCAUUUGAAUUUCCUGUCUUCCGUUUCUUUUGACACAUCCUAUAUUUUUACUUCAGACAGGUUUUGUAUCUGGCACCCAGAACCAAAUCUUGAAUGUCCACUGGUCUUGUCUGUCACAAUAGAUUAGGGAUUAAAUUGUAACGGUAGUUGAUGUGUGUCUGUCUGCAGCUGGAGAUAGGGGUGGGUCGUAUCCAGAUGAACUUCCUCCACCUCCUGAGCUCUGAGGCGGUGCAGCACGUUACCAUCCACUGCCUGAACGUCCCUGUGUGGGCCAACAGCUCCUCCCUGGAGCCCUCCCCCACCGCCGUGCACUUCAAGGCCUGGAGCGGAGGAGACAUGAUCCAGGCUGGAGGACUAAAGCCCUACAUAGUGAAGGACGACUGCUGGGUAUGUCAACCUCCAGCCUCAUGUGACAUGCUGUUCUCCUACUGAACAUACAGCUGGUGAAGGAGAUUAGUGAAUGAAAUAUUGGAUGACACUUUACAUUAUGUUACAUAGGCUACCAUGUAUUUAAGGCUAUCAUGUAAUUAUAGUAAACUGUACACCAACUGAAGAUAAUGUAUUGCACAGUCUGACCAAAUGUUGUUAUCACAGGUUCUAAAAGUCAAAUCCCCUUGUCUUUCAGAUUCAAGAUGGCCGCUGGCACCAGACCCAUUUCGUCUUCCAGACCCAGGACCCCAACUUACUCCCCAUCCUGGAUGUGUAUAACCUACCGGCCACAGAGCCUGGCUCACACUACCACCUAGAGGUGGGCCCUGUGUGCUUCUUAUAG